CGCCGUGCGAGUCACAUCGAUUGAGAGCAACGCUCUUGUGCUUUUUAGCUUGUUGUUCAAGCGAUUAACUAUUUAACAGUAUAAACGCGUUUCAAAGCUCAUUGGAAGGUUAUCAAAGUUCUUGUUGAUUAAUUGAAUUGACUGUACUUGGUGCAUAUUACAAUUAUUUGAGUUUAAUUGAUCGAAAGGAGAGAGAAGGGAGUGACAAAGUUCUACGUUUUUGUAUUCGAACGACAUCGAAGUUUGCGGACAACAAAAUCAUAAGCAGAGAUGUCAGAAGACGUCGCAAUGGAGAACAGCGGCGAGGUUGAGACCUUUGCCUUCCAGGCGGAGAUCGCCCAGCUGAUGAGUCUCAUCAUCAACACCUUCUACUCGAACAAGGAGAUCUUCAUUCGAGAACUGAUUUCCAACUCGUCUGAUGCCUUGGACAAAAUCCGUUAUGAGUCUCUCACAGAUCCAUCAAAGCUCGACUCUUGCAAAGAAUUGGGAAUCAAACUCAUCCCCAACAAAAAUGAUCGCACUCUCACCUUUAUCGACUCGGGUAUUGGUAUGACCAAGGCCGAUCUAGUAAACAACCUGGGUACAAUUGCUAAGUCUGGCACCAAGGCGUUUAUGGAGGCGUUGCAAGCUGGGGCUGAUAUCUCUAUGAUUGGUCAGUUUGGUGUGGGUUUCUACUCUGCCUACCUUGUCGCCGAUAAAGUUACAGUAACAUCAAAACACAACGAUGAUGAACAGUACAUUUGGGAGUCUUCGGCUGGUGGUUCGUUUACCAUCCGCGCUGAUAAUGGUGAACCCAUUGGCCGUGGUACAAAGAUCGUUCUUCACAUCAAAGAAGAUCAAAGUGAAUAUUUGGAGGAGUCCAAAAUCAAAGAGAUCGUGAAGAAGCACUCACAAUUUAUCGGCUAUCCUAUUAAGCUUGUAACAGAGAAAGAACGUGACAAAGAACUUAGUGAUGAUGAGGAAGAGGAAGAGAAGGACAAAGAAGAUGAGGCGAAAAAGGAAGAUGACAAGCCAGAUGUUGAGGACAUUGGAGAAGACGAGGAUGAGGAUAAACCUACAGAUGAUAAGAAAAAGAAGAAGAAGACGGUAAAGGAGAAAUACACAGACGAAGAAGAACUCAACAAGACGAAGCCUAUCUGGACUAGGAACCCAGAUGACAUCACUCAAGAAGAGUAUGGCGAGUUUUAUAAGAGCUUGACCAAUGACUGGGAGGACCAUCUUGCGGUAAAACAUUUCUCCGUUGAAGGUCAGCUUGAGUUCCGUGCCCUUCUCUUCGUACCUCGUCGUGCUCCAUUUGAUCUAUUUGAGAACAAAAAACGCAAAAACAACAUAAAGCUGUACGUAAGGCGCGUUUUUAUCAUGGACAACUGCGAGGAUCUGAUUCCAGAAUACCUAAACUUUAUCCGUGGUGUGGUAGACAGCGAAGAUCUUCCACUCAACAUCUCUCGUGAGAUGCUCCAGCAGAACAAGAUUCUGAAAGUCAUUAGAAAGAAUCUCGUCAAGAAAUGCUUAGAGCUGUUUGAAGAAAUCUCCGAGGAUAAAGAUAAUUACAAAAAACUUUACGAGCAAUUUUCCAAGAACUUAAAGCUUGGUAUCCACGAAGACAGCACCAACAGAAAAAAAUUAUCCGAACUCCUGCGCUACCACACUUCGGCUUCUGGUGACGAACAGUGUUCAUUGAAAGACUACGUCAGCCGCAUGAAAGAAAACCAGAAGCACAUCUAUUACAUCACUGGCGAGAGCAAGGAUCAAGUGGCCAACAGUUCAUUCGUCGAGCGAGUCAAGAAGCGUGGAUUCGAAGUCGUCUACAUGACUGAGCCGAUAGACGAAUACGUUGUCCAGCAGCUGAAAGAGUUCGACGGCAAGCAGCUAGUCUCCGUCACGAAGGAGGGUCUCGAGCUUCCCGAAGACGAAGAGGAAAAGAAGAAGCGCGAGGAGGACAAGACCAAAUUCGAGAACCUCUGCAAAGUCAUGAAAGACAUCCUCGACAAGAAAGUUGAAAAGGUCGUCGUGUCCAACAGGCUGGUUGACUCACCCUGCUGUAUUGUCACCUCGCAGUACGGCUGGACCGCCAACAUGGAAAGGAUCAUGAAGGCUCAGGCGCUCCGUGAUACCUCGACCAUGGGCUACAUGGCAGCCAAGAAACACCUCGAGAUCAACCCUGACCAUUCGAUCAUAGAGAAUCUACGUCAGAAAGCCGAGGCCGACAAACACGACAAAUCGGUCAAGGAUCUCGUUAUGCUGCUCUUUGAGACAGCCCUGCUCUCGUCAGGUUUCGCUCUUGAGGAUCCGGGAGUUCACGCUUCUCGCAUCCACAGGAUGAUCAAGCUGGGUCUUGGCUUCGAUGAGGACGAGGAGAUGGCAGUAGAUGAAGAGGGCAACAAAGACGACGCAGUACCAUCACUCGAAAGUGCUGAUGCCGAAGAAGUGUCGAGGAUGGAAGAAGUAGACUAAGCUCGCCCUUAAAGCCGUUUAUUACUUAGGGGAAUCCAAAGACUCUGCAACGGAGAUUGUUGAAAAAGACUUGAUUAAAAAUCGUUAGAGUAUGUAUUAAGUUCGUCCACUUACACGGGACACACAGUGAUACCUGUAUAUGAGAAACACGAUUGAAUGAUUUGCCAUUAUGUAGACGACAUAGAGCGAAUUGUAUGAAAGCAUGCGUAUUUAUUUUAUAAUCACGUGUUUACGAAUGUUGAUCAUUUUUUUUACCACUUGUCAUCCAAUCGCGUUCAUCUUUGCUACGUACCAACUAAUUUUUAGUAUUUUAAUUAUUAAUGUCAUUCGUUGGUUCCUUUUUUUUUCUUUCUUUUGAAUUUAAUGUAUCAAUCGUUAAUGGUACAUUUAGUUUUCAAUACUUACGGGCACUAUCUGAGGUCUACACUAUUUCUUAAGUGCGUUGAUUGUCAAAAUCAAUCGAUAUUAAUGUUAAUAAAAAAAAAAGUCAAUAAAAACUCGUGUCCAAUAAACGUACAAGAUCGUGAGUGAACAA